CAAUUAGAGGCUUGGUUUAAUGCUCUGCAGAAGCAGGGUGUGGCUGGAACUGUUUCUAUCCUGCUGCAGCCCUCACCUUGCCAUUCAGCUCUGCCGUCACCUGGUGCGUCUGAGAGAACAGGUAGACCUUGAUUUCUGCAGUCUGUGAGCAGGAGGCAAGUUCAAGGCACAGGUUCUGGGAAUUGAUCAGAAUGGCCAAUUUUAAGGGACACGCUCUUCCUGGCAGUUUCUUCAUCCUGUUUGGCCUCUGGUGGUCCUUGAAGUCCUCGCUGAAAUACCACAGCCGGAAACUGAACAAAAAUGGCCAUGCAAAUCGUUGCUUCAGGCACCUGGAUGUCAUCGAAGGAGCCGUCAAAUUUAUCUUUUCGGUCAUAGGGAUCCUGGCAGAGCAGUUUGUUCCGGAUGGUCCCCACUUGUAUCUCUAUAGCGGGGAGCCACGUACAUGGGUGAAACUGAUGAACUGGCAACACUCCACCAUGUACUUGUUCUUCGCUAUCUCCGGAGUGAUGGACAUGCUCACCUAUUACCAAGACCAAGUGCCUGCAGGACUGGAUCGCCUUGCUCUCUCAGUUGCCUUCUUUGUGGAAGGCUUCCUCUUCUACUUCCAUGUCAGCCACCGGCCAAUGCUGGACCAACACAUCCAUUCCCUACUGCUCAAUGCCAUCUUUGGAGCGGCCAUCAGCACCUUCAUAGGGGUUUUCAUGCAACACAACAUCAUCUUGGAUCUCUUCUGCAGCAGUCUUGCCCUCUUGCAAGGAACCUGGUUUUGGCAGAUAGGGUUUGUGCUGUACCCACCCUUGGGAGGCCCAGAGUGGCAAGAGGAGGAUCAUAGCAACGUGAUGUUCAUCACCAUGUGCUUUUGCUGGCACUAUGCUGCCGCAAUCCUCAUCACGGCUGUGAGUUACACUCUGGUUCACUGCUGCAUGCAGCGGCAUAAAAGAAACCAUGGACAAACUGAGAUCGGGCUCGGGAACUGGAAGCGGAAGUCUGGGAAAAGCGCUCAAACGGCCCUCUUGAAUGAAUCCGAUGAGGAAUGAGCCCAGCCGGCCAC